GCACGCUUUUGUUGUUACUGAGUACUUCACACUAUUAACCUCUCCAAAUCCCCAUUUCUGUUCCCUCUGGAUGAGCAAAUGGAGUACCAUUGCAGGAGGAGUCCAAAAGAAGAGAGAAAAUCGGCAGCCGUACAAGGUGGAUCGCCGUUGCUGGUUACUGCAAUGGUGACGGCAAUGGCGUUUUCAAGUCUGGUUUUUGUGGCGGAAUCUGCAAUAGGUGUGAACUGGGGGACGGUUUCGUUCCACAAGCUGAAGCCAUCCACGGUGGUGGAUCUCUUGAAGGACAACAGCAUUAAAAAAGUGAAGCUUUUCGAAGCCGACCCGUUGGUGUUGAGAGCUCUAAUGGGGAGUGGGAUUCAGGUCAUGGUUGGGAUUCCCAAUGAGAUGUUGGCUGCUCUCAGCUCUUCCUCCGCCGCUGCUGAUUUGUGGGUUCGCCAGAAUAUUUCUACUUUUAUUGGCAAAGGUGGUGCUGAUAUCAGGUAUAUUGCUGUCGGAAAUGAACCUUUCCUUACAAGUUAUGCCGGUCAAUUUCAGUCCUAUGUUGUCCCUGCUAUGGUCAACUUGCAGCAGUCUUUGGUUCGGGCAAAUCUUGCCGGUUAUGUAAAGUUAGUGGUUCCUUGUAAUGCUGAUGCAUAUGAAGCUAAUGUUCCUUCUCAAGGAGCAUUUCGACCGGAACUGACUCAAAUCAUGACCCAACUUGUUUCCUUCCUAAACCAGAAUGGUUCUCCAUUUGUUGUUAACAUAUACCCAUUUCUAAGCCUCUAUGGGAACUCGGAUUUUCCACAAGACUAUGCAUUCUUUGAGGGCACUACACAUCCUGUUAUAGAUGGUGCCAACACGUACUCCAAUGCAUUUGACGGAAAUUUUGACACGUUAAUUGCAGCCCUCGGUAAACUUGGGUAUGGGAAUAUGCCCAUAGUUAUUGGGGAGAUCGGUUGGCCUACAGAUGGAGCGUUAGGUGCUAAUCUCACUGCUGCUAGGGUUUUCAAUCAAGGCCUGAUCAAGCAUGUAUUAAGCAACAAAGGAACUCCUCUUAGGCCGAAUGUUCCACCCAUGGAUGUCUAUCUUUUCAGUCUACUUGAUGAAGGGGCAAAGAGCACUCUUCCAGGGAACUUCGAACGGCAAUGGGGAAUUUUCUCCUUUGAUGGACAGGCUAAAUACGCGCUAGACCUUGGUUUGGGACACAAGAAACUAAAGAAUGCCAAGAAUGUUCAGUAUCUCCCAGCUAGAUGGUGCGUUGCAAACCCAUAUAAGGAUCUCUCUGAUGUGGCAAAUCACAUGAAACUUGCUUGUAAUGCUGCCGAUUGCACGACGCUCAACUAUGGGGGAUCAUGUAAUGCCAUUGGAGCGAAAGGAAACAUCUCAUAUGCAUUCAACAGUUACUAUCAGCUGCAAAUGCAGAACGAACGAAGUUGUAACUUUGAUGGACUCGGUAUCGUCACUUUUCUAGACCCUUCAGUUGGUGACUGCAGAUUUCUUGUUGGUGUCACCAAUGCCAGUUCCGGUUUUAGCCCAUAUCAAAGGUGGGUAAUCGGCUUUGUUUUAAUUUUAUGGCAACUUUGGGCGUUUACAAUCUGAAAAAAUAAAGCAGUUUCUAGGUGGGUUUGUCACGGUCCCCUCGCAUGAAGCUGAUAUUUUCAACAUGGAGUUAUAUGCAUAUAUAUAUAUAACAUUCAAAUGAUUGCAGAUUAAUGUAGUAUACUAUUUUUAUGUAUAAAAGAUUGGCUCAUGGGUUUAGUUUGUAUAAGCAAUCAUAAUUUUCAUGUAGAAUACAAGAAGAAUAUGGAUGACAUGCUUAUCCAUAUUCCCUAGGUCAUGGUCCCUUGUAUUGCAUCUUAAUUAGUUGCAAAGCUAUAUAUAUAUAUAUUAAACAUGGUUGUUCUUUCAA